AUGGCUUCUUCGUUCCAGUCAACGUUGCCAUUCUUGACCAAAACAACCAGCAACAGCGCAAACAACCACCACGGUCACGGUCAUAAACACAGCCUCAGCAAUUUCUCCAAUGCUUCAGUCUCCAACCGAAGAACCUCCCUGGCUUCGUUUCACUCUUCGCGCCCCGAAUCGCAAAUGUCACAGGCCUCGCCGCCUCCCUCGAGGUCACCUCUUCCUCCUGGCCCAGAGAUCGAUCGCAUUUCCGAUCCCAAUUCGCAGUCAAAGACGCCUUCGACGGGUCUGUCCUCGCAGCAUUCAUCGCUUUCCGCUCCUCGAAGGAUCAACCCUCAUGCACGACCAUCGAGAAAGCUUCGCUCCCAAUACCCGCGAAGCUCCACGGAAAACCAUGUCGAAUACAUCCUUGUCGCAUCUUUCGAUAUCGAUCGAGGUCCCGUCAUGGAGCAUCAAUACCCGGUUGCGAUCACUGGAGACGAAAAUAUGCUGGCAGAGCUCAUGUUGCCCGACCAAGCCCACGCCCGCAACCAGGACUGGACAAUAUUCUUUCUUCACAAGGAUACAAGUCAGGAAGAGGAGGAUGAGGAGCGCAAAGUAAAAGAAAAUCGAAAGCAAAGGCGCAAAAAGAGACGUGAUAGAGCAGCUGGUAUAAUAGACGAGGAGGAUGAAGAAAACGAAGAUGACCUACCAGAGGACGAAUGGGAGGACGAUGAUGAAGACGACACCGAAUCUACUGAUAGCGAACCUGAGGGCGGAGAGGGCCCUCCCCUAAUUUAUGUGCUUAAUCUGGUCAAUACCAAACAUGACAAGUCGCCACUGUUACUAUUGGCUCUGGAAGAAUACUUCAAAGCACCUGUCCCAGAGACAUUGGCCAUGCUAUACGAUUCAGUAAACGCCAUGGAUUUGUCUCUCAUGCCUAAACUCAGUCUUCUCGAGCGCCACUUAUUACAAGCAAGUGACAACAGGGAUCUCUUUGUGGAGAAAUUCGAACAGAUGAUUCAAAUGCGGAUAGCCGAAGACCAGCGCGAGGAGGCAGCAGACCAGUCAUUGGAUGCGACAAGGAGUCCGACAAAACUGACUGGUAUCUCAAGAGCUGGUACAAAGGCCCAUGUCGAGGGCGGCCAGUCGAUUCACUCUGUUCCCCGCGACACACAUGAGUUUGAGAGCAAAGUCAUGUACAAGGGCAUACCGAUCCCUAUCAAAGUGCCUGUUGCUGUCAUGCCUGAAACCGUCGGUGACUUUUCACUCAUCAAACUCAUACAGAACUUUUCAGAUUCCCAUCAGAAAUCGCCUCAACCAUUUGCGCUGCACCCUCACCUCACAACGAACGGAGUCAAUACACACCCCAUCGUUGUGCUGGCAAAUGCGCUCUUGACACAAAAGAGAAUCAUCUUUCUAGGGCACAACAUGCCCUCAGGCGAGGUUGCAGAGGCUGUCUUAGCCGCGUGUGCGUUGGCAUCGGGUGGUAUACUUCGUGGGUUUACACGACAUGCUUUUCCUUACACCGACUUGACCAAAAUCGACGACCUGCUCAACGUACCCGGUUUUAUCGCUGGUGUAACGAAUCCCACAUUUGAGCUUCACCCCGAAUGGUGGGACGUCUUGUGCGAUUUACCAAGUGGAAGGGUCAAGAUCAGUACAAAGAUCGACCCUGCCCCUGUGACAGAGGGUCUGCUGUACUUCCAGCAACAGAAUGCAGCUUUUGCAGCCAUUGCAAGCGGUACUACGAACACAAGCCAGGACUAUACGGGCGAUAAUGCCUUCAUGGCUGAUGUCCUAAGGAGCAUUGCUGCGAGACAUGGCGAACGUGUGAUCCGAGCAAAGUGGCGCGACUGGGUCGGCAAGUUCACUCAAAUCGCAGCCAAAUUCGAGGAAAGCGUUUAUGGAGCCAGUGCCUUGUACAUUGGAGGUGAAGAUCAGGACUUGAUGCCCCCGGGCGCCAACGGGCAUGGUUAUGUCUGGGCGGAUGAUACAGCUAAGCAUAAGGAGCUUGCUGGCAAUGUGACAAGAAUCGAAGGAUGGCGCAACACUCGAAGCUAUUACAGCUUCAUCCAAGAUCUGGCACAGAUAUACACCAUCAGGCCCCUGAAGGGUCUUGACUUGGCCCACCUUCACGACCGUUUACGAAUGCAACGCUUGACCCCCGCGCAGAGCAGAGACAUCUAUCUAACCAUCUCCAAACAUGUCCACACGUACGAUGAGAUUUGCCUACUGCUUAGUGUAGCCCCUGAGUCGCACGCUGGAUUGUUCUACCUUGCUCUUGGGCUAUUCCACAAAGACCGCGAAGUCCGUCUGAGAACAGCAGAUCUCUUGGAGCGUAUAUCCGAUCAUGAAGCCGGACAGCAUUGGUGGAGGAGUCUCAGCCGCUUUGAGAAGCUAGCUUAUAUGCGGCUACGUCGAGAGGUAGAUGCUGAGAUGCAAGCAAAGCUUGAAAAGGAAGGUAUAAGCGCUGAAAUGGAGAGGAUAGUAAGCUGA